CCUAUCUGGGUAGAGAUGGGUGAAGAGACCAAAGAAGAAGGAAAGAAAGAAGAGGAGAAGAAAGAGAAAGGAGGCACAGAAGAGAAGAAGAAGAAGGCAGAAGAAAAGAAAGAAGAGGAGAAGAAAGCUGAAGAGCCUCAGGAGAUCGUUCUCAAAGUUGAUAUGCAUUGUGAGGCUUGUGCUCGGAAAGUCGGCAAAGCCCUAAAAGGAUUUCAAGGGGUUGAGGAAGUAAUGACGGAUUACAAAUCUCAUAAAGUGGUAGUGAAAGGGAAGACAGCGGAUCCUAUAAAGGUGUGUGAGAGAGUUCAGAAGAAGAGUGGUAGAAAAGUGGAGCUUAUUUCACCUUUGCCCAAACCUCCUGAGGAGGAGAAGAAAGAGGAGUCUCAAGAGAAGAAGGAAGACAAGAAGGAUGAGCCUCCUCCUGUAAUCACAGUCAUCUUGAAAGUUUACAUGCACUGUGAAGCCUGUGCUCAAGUUUUGCAGAAGCGGAUCAGAAAGAUACAAGGGGUGGAAUCAGUAGUUACCGAUGUUGCAAACAAUCAAGUGACGGUAAAGGGUGUUGUAGACUCAGCGGCGCUCGUGGAGAAUGUCUACAAGAGGACUAGGAAACAAGCUUCUAUUGUGAAAGAGGAAGGAAAGAAAGAAGAAGAGAAGAAAGAAGAAGAAAAGAAGGAAGAUAAUAAAGAAGGAGAGAAGAAAGAAAAUGAGGAAAGCAAGGGAGAAGAUGAUAAUAAAGCUGAUGCCAAGAAAUAUGAGUAUUGGGCUCCCAAACACUACAUGGAGUACUACACAUAUCCUCAGCUUUUCAGUGAUGAGAACCCUAAUGCAUGUUCUGUGAUGUAGUCAUGCAGUUGUAGUUAAAUCAGUUAUCUAAGAAUGUAAUGCAUGUUUCCAU